UAUGCUGACACAUGGUUAGGCUUCUCUUUCAGCCUCUUUGCUUCUCUUGAAGCCCAAAAUGUGUGUGCUUUUCUCUCAGGAUGAAUCGUCUGGGCCCACCGCUUAUGCAUCGUUUGGACCAACUCUUGGAGCUCAUAGAUUUCAACAACAGCAUUGAACUAGACUACCUCCAGGUUGCCCGAUGUCUUGAGGGGAUGCGCCAGCGAUGCUGCCAGCUGGAUCGUGACUUACAGGGAGCAAGGACGCAGCUGCGCCAGUCGGAGUCUGAGCGGUCCGUGCUGGAGGUGAAGCUGAAACAUGCCCGCAACCAGGUGGAGGUGGAGAUGAAGAAAAGGCAUUUGGCAGAAGCUGAGUUGGAAAACCAGGAGCGCAAGCUGCAGCUUAUCUAUGACUUCCUGAUGGCUGAUCCACAGAUCAUUCCUCUCAAUGAGGAGCAGCGCUCAGCCCUGACUGUUCUCGACAGGCCCAGUUUCAGAUGCAGCAGCCUGCUACCUAGCAAGCGGUUGUCUGCAAGGGAAGAACUUGGCAACUCACUCAUAUCUGACAUCAGUUUUGACCGUUCAGAUGACGAAGUGGAUCUGGAUAUGAUAAAACCCAUCAAAAGCAGAGACAGAAGGCGCUCCUCCUUGGCACCCCUGAUUCAGCCAGUGAUAGCAGCCAAGCGUGCACGGCCUUCUGUGGCGCCUACUCCCAGUGCCAAUGAGAUGCUUGUGGUGACCCUAAGAUCUGGAGCCAUUGUGAAGAGCAGAGGCCCUGCUCAGAGUUUGGCACCUCUCUCUGUGGUACCCCGCCGUCGAUCCCAGCAGAGCCGUCACGUCUCCACACAUUCAGGUGCCCCUUGCCCCUAUCUCACUACCAUCUGGGGAAGCACGGAUGAGUCAGGCAAUCAUAGCAGUCACACAGAAAAAGAUGCUAUUGGCACGGGGACCAGGGUAGAGUUCAAGGGUGCUCCAGACCCCUUCUCUCCCUCUUCCUCACAGGGAACACCACCACUCCACCAACACCACUUUACUUCCAAGACGGUGAUCCGUCUGGAGUGUUGUGCGGUUUGCAAAUCCCGCCUGCGCUUUGGGAAGGUGGCCCUGAAAUGUCGACCCUGCCAGCUUCUAGUGCAUCCAGAGUGCAGAGAACGCUGCCCGUCCCUGUGCACACCAGGCGCACGCCUUAGAGGGAGGGAGGGCGUUCUAGCGGAUUUUGCACCCCCCACACCGCCUCUGGUGCCCCCCAUAGUGAUUCAGUGUGUGAAUCAAGUGGAAAAGCGUGGCCUGCUGGAGACCGGCCUGUAUCGAGUGCCAGGGGCAGAACACCUUGUGCGUGAAUGGAAAAACAACCUGCUUUGUGCCCGAAGAGCCGUUCCUUCACUCGACCAAGUGGCUGACGUGAACGUGAUUUGCGGCAUUCUCAAGGACUUCCUGCGGAACCUGAGGGAGCCCUUGGUGACUUUCCACCUGCACUCGGCCUUCCUGCAAGCUGCAGAAAUUCCAGAUGAAUCCGCCCGCCACACUGCACUCUGUCAUGUCGUGAUGAAGCUACCUCCUGCCAACAGGGAUACGCUGGCUUUUCUCAUGCUCCAUCUGCAUAGGGUCAUGCAGAGCCCUGAAUGUCGAAUGGACCAGCAUAACUUGGCACGGAUCUUUGGACCGACACUAGUUGGGCACAGUACACCCAGCCCCACGCCACUUGUCAUCAUGGAGGACACACCACGCCAAUGCCUGGUGGUUUCCUGUCUCUUGGCAUUGCCCCUCAAACUUUGGAAACGUUUUGUGGGAAAAGAGCAGGAAAAUCUGGUGCCGUCCGUUCAAGAGCCUGACAUAGUGUAUGAGCAAGAACGUCUCUUCCGUCCUCUCUCUUCCCCUGAAGUCAACGCCGUGCAGAUGAGCCCAGGAAGUGGCUGUCUCCCUAAUAAACUCCGGGACUGCAUUCUUACCACCAUCCCACCUUUGAAUGCCCCUCGCACCAAGAAGACCAGAAAAAUCCUACCACUUCCAAAAUAAGGACGCUACUCCAGCUGACACCCUUGUUCCAUUUUCUACGGAGGCGUGUGCUCUCACCCCCUCGCUAAGAUGCCCCAACCAUGCCUUGCCCCAGGGAACCUUGUCCUUGCCACCAACAGAAUUCAGGCCUGUGUUUCUUACAGUUCACAAAAGACGAUGCCUUGCCUUAUUUCUUGAUGGGUGGCCGACACUCUGCUCUCCUUGCUAUCAGCACAGCGCCUCCCUGUUCCAUGGCUGGGGAUUCUCAGAAGAGCAAAACCCUUGUCUUCCUUUGGGGGAAUUGAGGAAUUGGUGGGGAUGUGGGGGCAGCCCACGCCUUUCCUUGGGACACCGGUGCAGCCGUUUACAUAUGAGAGCAAAGUGGGCCGGUGCCUUUUUUUGUCCAUUAUCUAUUACACUUGUUUGGCAGAAUUUGGUGGUGUCAUGUGAUGGUUGGGGAAAGGAAAAAAGUCAUUUGCCGUAGCAGACGGCUGGUGUGUUUUUUCUUUUCUUUUCCCAAUCUUGUCUCAGAUUUACUAGGCAAGGAAUGUUGCCCUUGAGCAGCCUUCCCAAGCAGAGUGCCCUCUAGAGCAUUGGAUGACCACUCCCAUCAGCCCCAGCCAGCAUGAGCAAUGGGUAGAGAUGAUGGGAUGUGUAGUUCAAACCAUUUGGAGGACACCUGCUUGGGGAAGGCUCUCUUAAGGCACAGCUGUCUUUAAAGAAAUAUUUAGUAAGUGUGUGUGGGGGGGGGUUGCUUUGGAAUCCCUGGGGCUUAUCUGAUAACUCUCAUCCCCAUAGCCCUCCUGGGAAUAUUCAAGUCUGGUGGAGGACCUGGUCCCCUCCUGAUAUUGUUGGACUACAUCUCCCAGCAUUCCUGGCUAUGCUGGCUGGGGCUAAUGGGAGUUGAAGUCCAACACUGGAAGGGUUCCCCGACCCCUGUUCAAGUACCUCAUGCUGCUAAAGGUAAUCCUGCUUCCUUAUAUAGUGUAUAUUUGUCUGUGUCUUAAUAUGAAACUUUAUUUCCAUAAACAUAACAUAAGAGCAACAAGAAGAGAAAGCAUUCCCUUUCCUGGAGUGAGACCUUCCCUCACUAUGUCUUCUGGAAAAACACUACCUAUCUCUAAGCACAUCCUCUGUUGUUAAGAGCAACAGAUGUGCAAGAGCAAAGCUUUGGUUAUUUGGCUUAAUAGGGACAACCAUGAAGAAAGGGUGGCAUGAGCUCAGCCUUUCUUUUUUUUUAACCACCUUGUAAUGAUGAAGGAAAGAAAUA